AUGGAUAAACAGUCAACGAAGAAGGACGAGCAUGAUAAAGAUGAUGAGGAGGAGGAUAACAAUGACAGUAAACUGCUGAAAGAAGAAGUGAAAGCUGCGCUCAAGGAGUUACCGUUCGCUGUUGAGCACAUUGCCGUCUCUGAGAAAUUACCUCAUAAUGACGAUAUUGUCUAUUUGAACAUAACCACGUGUGAAAAAGCAACGUAUUGCGUUGAGUUGACUGCAAAUGGAUGGCGAUUAGUUUCGAAACGACACGAUCAUUUGAUAGGUGAUAGCAGUGAUAAGGACGGUGAUAAUGCUGCUGAUAAGGUCGUGGCAUCUGAAGGCAUUGGCAGUGAUUUGAAAACGGAGGAGGAUGGGAACGAACGUAUUGAUAAACUGAUAAACGGACGUCAUUUCGAGACAAUCUAUCAACUGCUCGAUUGUAUCUCACCAAUAUAUCGUCAAAAAUUUGCCGAUCAAUUGAUUUUUCAUUUGAAUAAGUUACAAGAGAAGAAUCACUCAGAAUCACCGCACUCAUAA